GCGCGAAUUGAGCUUGCGCGCUUUCUCCAAAAAUGGAUAGGCAGUUUUUUCACGCUUUGUGUAAGAUCAAAGAUCCGUCGUUUUUACGGUCUCCUCGCCCCUCUAUACUUUCUUCAUUUUCGUCUGUCCAACAUCAUCCAGAGAACCGACUAGGAAGCCCGCAAAAGCUUCCAAUCACUCCAGAAACGCAACCAUUGGUAUCACCUUCUCCUCUCAGAGCCAGUUUAGCUUCUUCGGGCAACAAAGAUGUGGCAGUAGACGCAUGCGUAUCCAGAGAGACAGCAAAUUGUGGGCAGUCGGUUGGUGCAGUUCCAGCGUUUCCUGUAAAUGAUCUACCGCUGUUGCCGAUUUCUCUUGUCGAGUUCGUGAGAACGGAACUGAUGAGACAGGAGGAGAGCAAUGCGAAGAGUGUUGCAAUUGUAGGUCAAGAGUCUGCUGACACUAGACCGUCGGUUGUAGUACCGGACGAUUUAGUACUGCUGCACGCGGCUGAAAAUGAGUCUUGCGACGGUCGAAAUGAGGAGUCAAUGUCAUGGUCUAGAAGUGUAGAGCCUGUUGUUGAUGGGGGAGAGAAAGCUGUGUGUUGGAAUAGACCUGCUGAAGUUGAGGAGGUGCAUUUUAGUCCAACUAAAGUCAAGCAGUUGUGGGAUAGUUCUGCUGAUGUCAAGAAGGCUGUUGUGCUGCGUGAUUGGACGGUCGUCUUUGCAAGGAAGACUGGAUCAGUGUAUGUACAAGGGAUCAGAGAUACCAUUGGUGACUUCUGGAGAAGCACAUCGAUCGUUGAUUGUAUUGAUAGAAGACAGGUUAAAACGAAACGCGGUUCACUGUAUGUCUUAAAAGGCCCAGUUGAUCAGUCAGAGAUGCUUGAGCAAGGGUUUUCUACUGCUUCAAUAUCUGCCUUUCGUCAUGGCUUUCCACGGAACUGGAAAAAGCUCAUACGAGAACAUGCGAAGCAGCUGAAAUCUAAACAUGGAGAGAACACAAAAGGCAAAUCUCAACCUGUCUGUGAUGCAGUGACACCGAAAUCUAGUCGGCCACAUGACGUUUACGAGCCAAAGAAGCACAGGAAACAUGCUAUAUCCAGACUGCCAGGGAAACAGGCUUCAACUAUUGAUGACAGUGGAGAGAGUACACAAACGAGAACGGCGAGUGGCCGUUGUGUCAGGCCCGUCAUGAAUUUCUGGUGUAAUGAACGUUGUGUUUUGGACAACAAGGGAAGGACGUUGGUAUACAACGGGUCUCCCAAUUUUUUGGAUUUUAAUAAUUUUAAGUCACCCAAGAACAUCAAAGUUGCAACAUCUGUUCUUUCCAGAUUACACCAGUAUUCUUCACAAAGUCAACAGUCUGACAGUACGAGUGAGGAGGAAGCAAACACGAAUGUAAAGCCUGUUGUAGCUGUUAGUCUUAUGCCCAUAAGCACUCUCUCAACUGCAUCAUCGUCAACACCAACACAAGUUGCAUGCAAGCCUGAUGGACUGGUGUCCAUAGAACGUGGACUGCCUAGAUAUCAAACGAGAUCAGGUUGUACAUUCAAAGGAGAUAACAGGAAACUAAAUGUUGAAGAAAACAAAGGAAUCCAUGUUAAGAAUGUUAAGCAGCCAAAAGGAAGAAAAAGGAAAGAGCAAGAUUGCCAGAAUGAGAAAGACAGUGAUACAACAAGGAAAAGCCCAAAGAAAAGCCAGACGUUGACAGACAGCCUGAAAGAGGAACAACAAUGUGAUAGAUCAAGUGACAUAAAGCAUACAUCAAGUAAUGAAGCUGUAGUAGAGACCACACGGAUGUCGAUCAAAUGUCUUUCUGUUGAUGCUAAUGAUGAUAACACAAAGGAAAAGGCAGCUGAGAAAGUUGGUAGAGCCAAGUGUGGGAGGAAGCAUGUUCAGUUUUCAUUCGAUGUGGUCAAGGACAAAGCACAAGAAAAACAGGUAACUAGACCAUUGAGUCAACAGGAUGACGAUGAUUCGAGUGAUGAUGAAUGGAGUGACACAGAAAUACAACGAUUAAACAGGGCUGUGUUCAGACUUCCACCUGGAACAGCUCAGUUUUGGUCAAAAGUUUCCAAGUAUGUCGAAAGUCGUACUGAACACGAAUGCCAACAGAAGUAUCAUGGUGCAAACUCCAGAAGACGAAUGGUAAAACAAAGGAAGUCGAAAUCAACUCAUGAAGAAGAUACCAAGCAGUUGGCAAAGGCGGCCUCUACUGGUCAGGUGAUCAAGUUAGCUGGUGUAGGAACUUUGAAGCGAAGAAGGCAGUUGCAAGCGUUGUUAGAGCAGGAAAAGGAAACCCAGUCAGAAUUGGACUUGUUUGAUAACACACCAUUCAGGAACAGGAUGAAGAGGAGACAGAACACUAGUACAGAUAUUAGAGAUGAGUGCACAGAAGAUGAGGAAGGUAAUUCAUCUCUUCUCCACACACCUUUCCACAUUCCUGGAGCUCCCAAUUCUGCUACACCGUGUGAUACCAGUUUUGUAGUUGACAGUCCACCACACCUUCCGGGAGAAGAGGAUCGCUUGGAUGCUUACGUUCACAAAGCCAUUCAGAGAAGGAAGAGAGGACAAUCAAAAAAAUAUUGCCAGAAAGCGUCUGUCUAUCAAUCAACGGGUGAUAUGAGAUCACAUGUUGCUAGUGGAGCUGCAGCUCAACGACUAGCUAAGGUCUUAGCUGGGAAGGCAUCUGAUUUUGGAUCCAUUAGUUUGCAUACUAGCAGCAAUGAUGAGCCAGAUGAUGAUGAUUUUGGUGAUGACGAUGAAGCAGAGGAUGAAGAGUACUACUGGGGAAUGACAUGA